AAGGCCAUUACGAUCCGAUCCAUUUUCUAGUAAAUAUGGCAAACGUAAGCUAGCUAUUCCGGAGGCUACACAAUGCUGGUAAAUUAAACUCAUAGUGUGAAGCACACAAGUAAUCCGCGCUAAUGCUGUGAAAACGCGUAUUAGUAAGCUCUUUGCAGUUCCCACCAAAAGUACGUCAGACCUGGGUGCAUGGGUCAGAACUCAUGCACAUUAGUAAGCCACCACGUACCCCACCAGUUGGUGCUGGGACUAUUUAAACUGGCCGAAUCCCCGGACUUGUCGCACCCUUGCAAUGUCUUUCACCUACUUAGUUGUCGGUGCAUCCCGAGGAAUAGGAUAUGCCUAUGUUAAAGUUUUAAGUGCAGUCCCCACUAAUUUGGUGAUUGCUACUGCUAGAGACCACCAGUCUGCCAAAAAAUUGGAAUCUUUGGGGUCAAAUGUGAAAACCAUCUUGAUCGACAUGCAGGAUCCAUAUGCUAAAUUUGAAGCUGCUUUCAAAGUUCUCGACACCUUGGCUCCCAACGGGGUAGACGUGUUUAUACACAAUGCAGGUAUAUCCAGCUCUGAUGCCAGCAAAUCCUCAUUAGAAUUCGAUGCCGACCAGUAUCAAAAGAUCCUUGACGUCAAUGUUGGAGGUCCUGCUAAGGCCUAUAAGGCGGCGUACCCAUACAUUUUCAAGGGCAAAGGCACCAAGAAAAUUGCCUUUGUUUCUUCCACCGUGGGCCAAGUGGGCUGGGAGGUUUCUCCAGGAGGAGGGCAGGGAUUUAACGCCUACGGUGCUUCCAAGGCCGCCCUCAACCACUUGGGAGUUCAAAUUGCAAAAGAAAAUGCCGGUUCCGAUGUCGACUUGGUAAAGCAUUCGGUCACCGUUUUGUUGUGUCCUGGAUUGGUUGCCACAGAUAUGGCGAAGGGGUUUGAAGGCGCGAUGCCUCCAGAGGUUUCGGUGGCUGCAAGUUUGGCGGUCAUCAGCAAAACAACUGCUGCAGACUCUGGUAAGUUCUACGGCCACAGUGGAGAAUCCCAACCGUACAGUAUAUUUUAGGCAAGCAGGAUUUGAGUCUUACAUAGUCUUCUGGGUCACAUGCACCGGAGAAGCACAAUAUAUGCUGAAAGU